CCACUUUAAUAGGAUUGUGCAGUCUUUGUCUAGUUUAUCUUGAUACUUUGGAAUAAAGUGGUAUUUGUUUCUCAAAGGAAAAAUUAUAUUUGCGAUAAAUAUUUGACUGUAUACAUUUCAAAUUAGAAGAUACAUAUAUCCAUCGAUUCAUACAAUGACACAAGAGCUGAAAGAACUCGAUCAAAUUAAAGGACAGGUCCAAGAUUACCUUAUUUCGUCUGGUAAUUAUGACAUUAUCAACAAACAACUCAAACUUAAACUAUAUGAAUCAGGAUGGUUUGAUCAAAUUGCACAACUUGCAAGCAGAGAAUUAUUAGAAAAUCUGAAAGAGAAUAACCAAAUGUCAUUUGAACAAUUAUUUGCAUUUGUAAGGCCCAAGGCUGAACAAAUAGUACCUAAGGAAAUCAAAGCAGAAAUAUUAGAAAAACUUCAAGAUUAUCUUGAAGAUGUAAUAAAUUAGAAUUUGCAUAAAAACAUCAUACAAACAUAUAAUGAAAAGAGAAGUGAAUAGAUGAAGUACAACAGAUUACUAGGUAGACGUAUAGGUUGAAUAGUGAUUAAUACAGAUAAUAACGAAU